ACGCUCAGAAUCUCGUUCAAAUGUUCUUUCAAACAAUGUAACAAUGUGACCAAUACUUUUUUGUUUAUAUAAAACAGUCUGUGUCUCUAAUCUCUAGUUUAACACUGUCCUCCGUACCCCACAAUUAUUCAUUCAUACUUUUCAUCGAGCUUUUGUGUACAGGCUCUCUCACUUUGAUUUUAUUAAUUAUUUAUAUUUAAUUACUACUGAAUAGUUUUUGAAUAUUCUUCUUCUAUUCGAAUCAGGAAACUUUUGGAAACCGGUUCUAAGUCCCUUUGAUGCUCCCGAGUGGACUUUGAAGGAGAAAUUCGAGAUAUUAGAGUGUGAGCUUAAAUGGGAACAAAGGCGAAGAACGACAGAGAAGCCAUCAUCCAAAGUGGUUUCGGUGGAUCUACAGAGUCUGGAGAAUGUUCGGAUAGCAGCUUCUACUGCGACAUCUUCGACAGCCACGGUGGCUCAGAUGCACAAGAAGAGGAAGAUUGCCUUCGAAUUGGAUCCGGUGCUAACAAGUCCCGCGUGGCAGGCCUAUUAGAAAAUUAAUGACUAAAUACAUCCUCCCAACAGAAGGCACAUUUCCAAGGAUAACUUUUUUUUUUUAUAAAUUGUCAUUUUUAAAUUUAUAAAAUUGUACCAACUCA